CUGCGGUAGAGCAGCGCCCUCUCAUGGACGGAAUCCGUCAGCACAACGCGCCUCGCAGCAGAUGAAGAAUUCAAGGGCGGAAUCGGCCGUAUCCCAGUUUCCUUUUUCCACACUUUGUAACCCACUUUCAGCGCGUCACAGUAGGUCAAAAUUACAAUCUUCCCUUCUUGCACAAACACCCUCAGUCUUCGACGGACAGGACUCUUUCAAGCCUCUCCCCUCCCCUCCGAACAGUUCAAGCAAAACUUCCACUCCAUCGUCCAGUUUGAUGCGGACACCUCUCGGGACUCUUUUUCUCCCUUAAAAAAAUCCCCCGAUCCCCGGUCAGUCGUCUCCUGUAGGAUAAGCAAUACGAUCUGCUCCCCAGCUCCGUUCUCUAUUUUUGUGCUUCCUUGUGCUGCCAAGCCCCUGACGUAAUGCUCCGUGUUAAUUAUUAGCAUGUGGGAAGCGAUGCCGAGACUCUCCUCUGCUGCUUAAACAAGAGCGACUGACUGCGGGGAGAAAAACCUCGUCAAGAUGGCCAAACACACUGACCCAGAGUGAAGGGGCACCGCUCCCCGUCCCGUCCAGUCCUGUCCCGCGACCAGCACCAAUGCAACUGCGCCUUUAGGCAGGGUGACCCACCAAACCGCUGACUUAGAGCGGGGAAUUGCUUCAUGUGGAAAGGGUUUUGAAAACGAAGACUGGAUAGUGUGCGUUCACUUACAGUAGGGACAGUCGAGCAACAAUUUUUGGGAAUGUUCUGGACAGCCUGCGAUUCCGCUCCGAUUUUACGAGACGGUCGCCUGAGUGCCGCAUGUAUGGACAAAGGAGAUGUUCUCUUUGGAAAAUGCCAUCAGGACUAAAGCUGGACAGUCACUGUAUGCUGGAGGAGAGCUGAGGAACGUUUUGUAAGCCCCAAGUGGUCAGAGGGUUGGAGAGCUCUUACGAAUACCAUCUCAAAAGCUUCAAACAGGGAUUCCCUACCACUACUCCAGAAGCCAAGAGCAAAGAUGCAAUACAUUGGUACUCACUAGAAAAUAACAUCUCAAAGGGCUGUUUUCUGUCAAACCUCAAGUAAAGCUGAAAGCAAGUGCGUUUUUGGAUACGUCUGCUUGGUGAUUCUCUAUUGAGCUGCAAAGCAUCGUUACUGGGUCUUGGCCAUCUCCUUCUCAUCGAACCCAAGUCUUGGUAGCGUGAGCCUGCCCACCAGAUCAUGAUGUUUCGUGACCAGGUGGGAGUCCUUGCCGGCUGGUUUAAGGGAUGGAAUGAGUGCGAACAGACGGUGGCAUUACUGUCGCUCCUCAAGAGGGUCAGUCGAACCCAAGCACGCUUCCUUCAGCUCUGUCUGGAGCAUUCCUUGGCUGACUGCACCGAGCUGCAUGUUCUGGAAAGGGAGGCCAAUAAUCCAGUGGUGAUCAGUCAGUGGCAGAGCGAGCCGAAAGAACGGGUCAUCUCUCUGGUUCUGACCCACCUGCCUCUCCUCAAACCGGGCAACGUCGAGGCCAAGGUGGAGUACAUGAGCCUCCUGCCGAAGAUCUUGGGCCACACCAUCGAACAUGGCCGGCACUUAGAGGAAAGCAGGCAGCUUCUGUCCUACGCCCUCAUCCACCCCGCGACCUCCCUCGAGGACCGGGGGAACCUCGCCCUCUGGCUCAACCACCUGGAGGAGCGGGCGGCCGCCGAGGCCGGAGACUCUCUCGAGCGCGCACCUUCCUCUCACCACGGGCAGCCUCCGCACCUCUACCCCCACCACCAGCGCUAUGGGUCGGACGACCGUCUGAACGGCUGGCAGAGCUCGAGGGACUCUGGGCUGGGAAGCUGGCAGCAGCAGCAGCAACAGGGCUGCGAAAACGGGCACCUCUCACUGUACCCAUCAUCCUCGGUGCCCUCCACCAUCAACGCUGUAGGUACAGGCAGUGGGACCAACACAAUUCUGUCGGGUGGACAGCACAGUCCUCUGCGGCGUUCGGUGUCUCUGACCCCUCCGAUGAGCGGCGGAUCUAACCAGCCUCUGGGGCACGGAUGGCUCUCCCAGGAGGACCUGCGUCCCCGCGGCCCGGCCCCCGACCACGCCCCCAUCUCUCCUCAGAGCAGCGUGGCGUCCUCGGGCAGUGGAGGCAGCGAGCACCUGGAGGAACACGCCGCUGUCCGAAGUACAUUCCAUGAGGAGGGCAGCGGGAUGAGGGAUGUGCCGGCAUGGCUGAAGAGUCUCCGUCUCCAUAAGUAUGCAGGUCUCUUCUCCACCAUGACCUAUGAUGAGAUGAUGUCACUGUCGGAGCAGCAGCUGGAAGCUCAGCAAGUCACCAAAGGGGCACGGCACAAGAUCAUCAUCAGUAUUCAGAAGCUGAAAGACAGACAAAACAUGCUGCGCUGUUUGGAGAAGGACAUUUUGGAGGGAGGGAAUCUACGUGCUCCUUUGCAGGAGCUCCACCAGAUCAUCCAGACACCCAUUAAAGCCUGCAGCACAGAGGAGUCUUCACAGCGCCACCUGCUGAGCGCUGAGGGGAAGAGCGGCAUCGCCAGUUCCCACCUGGGUGGAGGAGAGACGGAGGGCAGCUCCACGGUCAUAGUCGAGGGAGACAUCCCCGCGCAGUUCACUCGCGUCAUGGGCAAAGUUUGCACACAGCUCCUCGUCUCCGGGUCGGAUGAGGAGAACAUUAGUUCCUACCUACAGCUAAUUGAUAAGUGCCUAAUCCACGAGGCCUUCACAGAGACACAGAAGAAGAGGUUGUUGUCUUGGAAGCAGCAGGUGCAGGUGCAGUUUCGGUCAAUUUCACGGAAAACUCUCCUGGACCUAACAGGACAGAGAAGAAGCAGUCGUUACGGUCAGUCCAACUCCCUCCCAACUACGGGAUGCGUAGGCAGCGGCGUUCCCACCCGGAGGAAUCUGCGCCAGUAUCAGAUGCGGAGUUUGCCUGGCGUCAGACCCAUCCUUUUGGGUACCACCGGCCUGUUCGGACCAACCCCCCGAAGCGGCAGCAGCACCCCUACCGGCCUGAAGCAGGGAAGACAGGGUUUGUGGUUUGCCAAUCCAGGGGGCAGUAACAGCAUGCCCAGCCGCACCCACAGCUCAGUUCAGAGGACUCGAUCGCUACCCGUCCACACCAACCCACACACCAUGGCCAUGUUCCAGCAAACAGAUUUACAGGUGCCUGUGACUGAGCCUGACAUCAAUAACCGUUUGGAGUCUCUGUGUCUCAGCAUGACUGAACACGCUCUGGGAGAUGGUGUUGAUCGAACUUCAACCAUCUGAGAGAAGAAAAGAGGGAGCACAGGGAGACGGCAUGCAUGCCUGGCAGCAGGGUGAAAGGUCAUCACGAGGUCACGAGACCCUCUGCCUAUAACCCCCCCCUCCACCUGCUCACCUACCAACGCCAAAUAGCCAAUAGGAGAGGUGGGGCGUGGUCUACACAGUGCCAUUCACCAUUUUCUGAGAGGCUUAACACAAGCAAGAUCUGUCACCACGACUACUUCAGCGUGUUUACAUUCGAGUUUGGGAGAAAAUCACAUCUUCGACACUUCCUUAGAAGAACGCCGCAAAGGGUCUACACGUCGACAGGCAUUUAGAGGAGGUCCGUAAUGCAACGGAGACAACUUCAAAGCGUUCAGGUGGCUGUCUGGGACGUCGCGGAAGUCCGAAACCAGAUCAAGACGUGAAGAUGCUCCGUGCAGAUGCUAAAAAUAUUACGUUAUAGCAUGUUUACACGUAAUACCGUCAAACCAAGUCUGAAGUCAUUUUUUUUCAGGUGCGAGCGUUGUCAAAAUCCGGGGACGGUGUACAGCUUUAGGUUCCCAAAUGGCUUCGUAGUUUACAAUUGUGUUCGUAUUUUACUGUUUUGUUGUUCUAGUUAUCGUUUGUGCCAGCAGGAAAGCUGAUUCACAACAUUACAGUGACGGUCAGAGCUACGGAUGGUACUCGGGAAGAAAGAGAGGGAACGUGAGAGCAGCGAUGGGAAGGGAAACAGGAAGUGAUGUCAGUGGAAGGGUCUGUAGAGGGCCGCGUGGAAUGUCGUACGUGGAUUCUGACGUAAGGAAAGGACGAGGGAGAUCAGGAUGUCAGAGAAGUGGAGUAGAGGAGAAAUGCCAGCAAAUGCAAGUAGAUGGAAAGGUUGAAGAGGAGCAGGUGAACAUAGAGGUCAGCGGGGAGAGGUGCACGGAUCCAGGAAAUAUAUACAUAUAUAGCAUUCUUUUUAUUAUUAUUAAUAUCUCUCUAUUUUUUUAUUUGAAUAUAUUUUUUUUAUUUUAUUUCUAUUUUAAUACAUUGAAUUAAAGUAUAAAUAAAAUAUUUAAAAUGUAUUUAAAUGAAAUUAAAUAAUUAUAUGUAUAUGUGAACUAUUUUUUAGUGGGACAUUUGUGGUGAACAUGGUAAACGUGUUAAAACAGACCUUUUAUUCGUGUCCGAAAGGAUAGACAUGCUUGGGAGACGUGCACAACUUCAUGAAUGAUGUUCGUUCAGAAACUCAUAUUUUUGAAUGCAUUAAAUUGUUUCGUAAUCUGUAAAUGCACAGCCGUAGAUUGAUCGUUUGGCGAUUUGGGGACGAUUAUGGGUAUCGUAUGGAUGUUUUUUAGCUGGUUUCUGUGUAUCUGGGAUAUCACAUGCGUGGUACACGGUGUCAGGAGACUUUUGAAGCAACAGGGAGAAAUAUACAGCUCGUCACAUGAGGAAAAAACACUAAUGCACCAGUUUCUAGUACAGAGCGCCAUCGUGUGGUGAAACCGCGCGAUAGUUAUUAAUAAGUGAGGCUAGUCUUUUUUUUUUCUUUUUUUUUUUACAGUAUUGUCUUAAUAUCAGCCAUUAGUUAAUCGUGCCAGGUAUAAAACUAGAACGUUUACAAUAAGAAAUGAGCUUUUAGUUUUGGACUCUUACAAGCGAAGAUCUGAUUUUCUGCAUGGGAAGGGUCUUCUUUUUGCUUUAAUCGUUUUAAUCCAGGACAUUGAAGUCCGUUUAUGAGGGUGUUCAGUGAUCGUUGAUGUAUCUUAUUUAGAGUUUUUCCUACAAUAACUUUGCUUUUCCUGCCCUUGGUGCUGUGAAUCCUUGCUGAAACCAUCAAAAGUGAAUUUGCAACAACGUGCAAUAGACUCUUCAUCAUCAGCAGCGCGGUGUGAAUCAUAGGGCCGAGGGGGAACUGGGGGUCCUGGACAAAGAGGAACUGGACUAACAAACUCCCACAAUUCCCACAAUCUCCGGCCUGCAACUUGACGCACCUACCCACACCUCAAGUGUUUUAUGCUUUUCGGCUCAUCCAAAGAAACCAGUCACGAUUAAACGGACAGUUAAAGAGGCACUUUUGGCAUCCGUUGAGUGGCGACCAACACGGUUCAAGCUGCCUAAAAGAAAGAAUGUUGACUAUGCAGUGCGACGGCUUCGUAAACGACUCGGUGCCUCCGAACUAGUGCUUUUAAAGUGCGCGAAAUGCCUUAAACGGAACGGUAGCCGGCGUUUUGCGAGCGUGUUAGCAAACCAUCACGUGGCAUCUUGUGCAUCUUGUUUGUAGAGGUGCGUUUAUUUGUGUGUAUUAAGCCACUCAUCACUGCCAUUUGAAAACAAUUAGCAGAUUCAAAUGAUUAUUUAUUCUUUUCUAUUAUUGACGCAGAGGUUAUUGUAUUCGUUAGAUGUAUUAUUUAAGAUACCUUGUGUAUUAACUUUUUGCUAUGGCUGGUAACCAUAAGUACAUCUCAAAUAACAACCUAGUUAUUUUUUUUUUUUUGACGUUUUGUUUUCCCUAUUUUGCAUUCUUUGUUAUCUAAAAAACGUACCUGAUGGUCAAAAGGCGUAUCGGUUAUUUGACGUUUUAUUUUAUGUCGUUUUAAUAUUGCUGUUUUACUUUCUUUCUUGUAUCUAUAAAUGCUUAUAUUUUGCUAACUCUACCCGGGUUGUGUAUUUUAAGGAAAUGUUUUUUUAUAUUGUCACACGUUGUAAACAAAGAGCCAGUUUCGCUGUUAUUCUGUUGCUGUUACGGCGUUUGAUGCCAAAUACUUACGGCGUGACGUAGCUCUUUACGAAGAAUGCUGCUCGCUUGUGAUUGGAUAAAAAAAAAUGAUGCGCGUUCAGCUCUGGUUUGUUCAAUGUUUUUCAGAUUCGUUCCCUCAUUGCGGACUACCUUAAGUUCGUUUUUGUCCAAAUGCGCUCGACUGCAAACACGCAGCAAAAUUACAAUGCUGUAACAGUGUUAACAUUUACAUGCUGCCUUGGUAUUCCGAAAAAUAAAACAUAGCGUUCAUGCGA